AUGAAGCCUAUGCAGCCCCCAUACCCUAGGGGUUAUGAUGCAGAUGCCAAAUGUAGUUAUCAUGGGGGAGGCGUUGGUCACUCAAUUGAGAGGUGUUUGGCUUUUAAAUAUAAAGUGCAGGCUCUAAUCGACUUUGGGUGGCUAAAGUUUCAAGAAGAUAAACCUAGCAUCGAGGCUAAUCCCACUAUCUGGGCGUUGAUAAAAGUGGGCCUUUUAAAAGGUGAUUAUGAUGUGGGUAUAACGUGUGCGCUCCAUCCGGAUGAUGGGCACUCUAUUGAGGAGUGUGUUGAAUUCGAAGAUAUUCUGCAAGACUUGCUUGACAGAAGUUUGAUGCAAGUAUGCCACAAGGAUAACGAGGAGGAAGUUUUUACACAAAUUGGUGUGGAAUCUGACGUAACUCUGCCAGAACCGUUGAUGAUCCAUUUCACUAGGACCACCCCUACAUCAGUGGCUGAAGGAAAGCCGUCUGUCGUCAUCCGGGCGCCAUCCCCCUUUCCUUACAAAAGUGAGAAGGUCGUCCCUUGGAGGUAUGGAGCACAUGCGUUAGAUGAGGGGAAAGGCACAGAUCCAGCCAUUGAAAACAUAUCAGGCAUAGGUGGGAUGACAAGAAGUGGUCGAAUCUUCACACCAUCAAUGGUGACAAAAGAAGGAACCAAUAAUAAUGAAACAACAAUGGCCGCAAAAGCCAAGGAGUUCUUAAAAGGGAACGGUGUGCAGGCAGAAGAGACCCCUGACAAGGAAGAGAAGAAAGAAAUAUCUGAAGAAGAGGCUUGCGAGUUUUUAAAAUUCAUACAACAGAGUGAGUAUAAGGUGGUGGAACAAUUGAAUCGCAUGCCCGCCCGGAUCUCCUUGUUAGAAUUGCUCAUGCAUUCUACCUCUCACAGAAAGUUGUUGAUGAAGAUACUUAGUGAGGCUCACGUGGAGCAAGGUGUUUCCCUGAACAAGUUUGAGGGUAUUAUUGGCAACAUCAUCGCUAACAAUUACCUCACCUUUACUGAUGAGGAGAUACCCACUAAGGGGAGAGGGCAUAACAAGGCUCUUCAUGUCUUUGUGAAAUGUUUGGAUCACGUUAUAGCACGUGUCUUGAUGGACAAUGGCUCCUCCCUGAACGUCAUGCCAAAAACGACAUUGGAGAAGCUACCCUGUGAUGGAAUGCAUAUGAAGCCAAGCUCUAUGAUUGUGAGGGCGGCAGUAAGAGGGAAGUGA